GGUAAUACUACCUACUCUUUGCUAGUGAUUGCAGACAUGGCUGCUUCCAGCCAGCCUAACGCAGGGGACCAUGAAAGGGGCUAGUAUUGCUCGGUCUCUCCCCAGUUAUGGCAACGUCGCAGCCCGAAUCCUUCUUGACGAUUGCCGCUCAACAGCCGGGGUGUAGAAGACAAAUCUUGAAAUUCUGGACCUAUUAAGCCAACACGGUCCCGCCGCCCGUGUAUUCCAGCCCGUUGUUAAGUGAUGUGCAUUUUGCGAUCGACGAACCCCAUCGAAUCGAAUUAAUUACUGGAGCUCUGCCUCGCAUGCCAUGAUCGAUUUCGGCAUCGACGCGCCGUACGGCAAGCGCGAUGCCAUUGAUGAUGGGGAUCCGAAUCCUCGCGGCGAGAGUCUCGCGCACUUGUCCAUCAUCUUCGUCUCUCUGGCGGGCUUCUUCGUCAUAUUGCGGAUGAUAGCGAGAUACUUUCACACCAAGGCCUGGGGAGCUGACGAUGUCUUGAUUGUGGCGGCACUGGCUCUUGCUUGUUGCAUGACGGCUGCUUACAAUGGAGAGGCUGGAAAUGGAUUUGGACUUCACAGCGACCAGAUCGAUGCGCACCACAAGAUACUGGCCUUCAAGUGGUUCUUUGCCGCCCAGAUCCUAUACAAGGUUACGACAUGCCUCACCAAAAUGUCCCUGGGCAUGCUGUAUCUGCGAAUCUUCCCGGACCGCAAGUUCCGCAUGGCCGUCGUCAGCGUCAUGGCGGUGACUGCGGCUUACACGCUGGCCGCAGUGCUUAUGACGGUCUUUGCCUGCAAUCCUAUCGAAAAGUCUUGGAACAAGCCCUUGCCCGGCAAGUGUGUCAACUCCAUCAGCAUCUGGUAUUCGACGUCUGUGUUGAACAUUGUGACGGACAUGUUAAUCAUCGGGUUGCCGAUCAACGAGAUUCGACGACUCCAACUGCCGUUGGUGAAGAAGUUGCUGCUUUGCGCUCUCUUUAGUCUGGGUAUCUUUGUCAUUGCCUGUACCGUUAUACGAAUGAUUACUGUGUCGCCGCAGACGACCGCUUCAGAUCAGACUUAUUAUCAAGCUGUAUCUAACAGCUGGACGUUUGUCGAGACUAAUGUCGGAAUCAUUUGUGCUUGUCUACCGAUCGUAUGGGUGCCUCUCACAAGGCAGUUGCUUCGAUGGCUAGGACUCGGCGGAGAGGACACAACUGUCACGAGCAAGUCUGCCUACGCCCUCGGAUCGCACAACCAUGUCAGCAGUGCACGAGCACGCACCAGCCGUCGCGAUGCGGAGGGGGAUAGCGUGGAAGAGCUCAUGUUUGACGGCAUCAAGAUGACGAGGAGGUUCAGCGCUCAUGUAACCGAAGAAGAUCGGGGUCAGAAAGACGCCUCCCCUGACGACCGCCCGUGGGAGAAGAUUCCAAAGCCGCCGAAAUAACUCGACUAUAUGUGGUGUGUUAAAAUUUGGGUUGAGUCCACCGAACGAUUACCCCGAGAUUUCUUUCAAUGGAGUGGCCAUGUCGUGGCUAUACGACAGCAUGCGUCUCGCAGGAAACAACCGGACAACUUACGGACUGGUCUUUUCACUCCUCUCGUUCAUUGUUUGCUUGGGAGCUUGCAUACAUAAUCUAAUAAGC